AUGAAAAUGACCAGUAACGAGGCGCUGGCAGGUCUUGCUGACAGAUCUUUUGCAGAAAGAAUGUUGGAGGAAAAGGCAAAACAGGACUUGGCAGUUGCAGAGCAGGUACCUUUCUCCUGUGAGCACCGUAUCCACGAGGAGGAGGAAGAGGUGAAGAAACAGAAGCACGCUGUCGAGUCCUUGGCGGUAGAGGAGCAGAAGAUAGCGGAUGCGCUAGAAGAAGAGCUCGCUGCGCUGGAGGCUGAGGUUGGGGCAACAGAAGCAGAUGCAAAGGCAGCAGAUGCGAAACUAGACGCGAUGUUUGCCGAGGCGGUCGGGGAGGAAAGCCCCGAGGCGGCGGCCCGACUGGCAGAAGAAGCGGAGGCCAAGGCGGAAGAAGAGAAAGCAGAACAUGAACGCAAAGAGGCAACAAGAGUAGCGGAAAUUGCAAAGCACAUCACUGAAGAAACAACAGACAAACUCCAACAAAUAGCCGACGCCACAGAAUCUGAGGAAGUGCCAGAGACGGUGGCGUCAAUGGGAGAGUUACAGACUGAAGUACUUUCCGAUAUGCAAGAAAGCGAGAAAGAGGAGCAACAAGCCCUCGCUGAUGAGGAAGCAGAAAAAGCUGAACAAGAAGGGAAGGAGGAUUCUGAACAACCAAAGACGGAGGCGGAGCCUGAUGCAGACGCAGAUGAAGGAGAAAAGGAUGAAGGCGAAGAGGAACUCCCAGAACUCUGGUUUGGAAAUAAGGGACCAGAAGAAGAGAAGCUGCAAGCUGAGGAACACAACGACAAAGAGAAAAAAUGGUGGCAGUACAUGCUAAGCUGA